UUGGACAAGCUAGACUUUCCUGCCGAUCUGCCGCUGGCCCCAAUCCCCUGUGCUCUCAAGACGGCGCUGUACGGACACCAACGUCAAGCAUUGCGUUUCAUGCAGGAGCGAGAGCGUGGUUGGAUUUCACCGGCGCGGCAAACGACGUGUGGAAAAAGGCCCUGAUCUCGGGUCUUCCGAUGUAUGUCAACACCAUCAACGACGGCAUGCGCAUGGAAGAACCGCCCGUCUUUCGGGGAGGACUCUUGGCCGAUCAGAUGGGACUCGGCAAGACCCUGACGGUUGCUUCCCUGAUUGCAUCCGAUCUGGAUCCUCCCAAGUCGCGCCCUGCUCCAAGGCUGGGUCCAUCAGGCAAUGCUCCUCAUCGAUGUACUCUGAUCAUCGUCCCCCCGCCAUUGCUCGACACCUGGGAGACGCAACUGGAGAGACACUGCCAGCCAGGAAAAUUGGCCUGGGAGCGACACCAUGGCCAACGCCGCUUCAACAAAGCGCGGGAGCUUGCGCAGUACAAUAUUAUUCUCACCACACCGUGGCUCGAGAGUGGGAAAAUCAACACACAGCCACGAGCAUCUUAUUCUCUGUUCGGUGGCACAGAAUUGUACUCGAUGAAGCGCACCUCAUCCAUGACCGGCACACGCAGACGGCGUCCGCGAUAUGUGCUCUGGACGCAGAUCGGCGAUGGGCGGUGACAGGCACACCAACCCAAAACCACGUCGCCGAUUUCGUCGCCCUGCUGCAAUUCCUGCGCGCAUAUCCAUAUGAUACGCCCACCAAGUUUGAAGAUGAUAUUGUCCACUUGUGGAAGCAUGACUGUGAGGCAGCCAUUUCUCGAUUGAAGAAGCUCAUUAUCUGUAUCGGCCUCAGACGAACAAGCACCACGAUUGACCUGGCCGAAAGGAAAGAUCUGAUUCACACAUUGCAGUUUGACCCCAGCGAGAAGCAAGUGCACCAGAUGGUCGAGGCUCAGGACUUGAGUAUCAUCAACCAGAGUAAAGCGCAAGAACAAAUUAGAGGUUUGUUCAUGCACGCCCUGCAAGGACUAAAUGCCCUUCGAUUGAUAUGCAAUUUUGGUAUGCUCUCCGAAAUCAAGUCGAUCAGCUUGAACCUAGCAAAGGGGCCCACCUGGGGUCCUACAGAGGCUCAAAAUGCCUUUGACAGCCUCCUAGCCACCGGUGGGAGCUGUUGUGUGAAAUGUGCCACCGACAUCGGGAUUUCAAACAAUUCACCCAUCGAUUUGCUCGAAUCAGAAACGGCCUGGGUGAGCCAAUGUCCACCUAAGCUUUCUCAAUGCGGGCGUAUUCUCUGUGGCAGUUGCGGAAGCAAACUUCAAAAGGAUGGGAUGCUCCAGAGCUGGUGCCAGCACACCCCAGCUUGCCCAGAUUUGGCGGUGUCAACAUCUAAAACAUUGAGGGAAAGAUCAUCACCUCUAAUUCAGAACAUAUUGACCUAUGAGAGUUUCCCCACCAAGAUCAAGGCCCUCGCCAAAGACAUCGCUUCGUUCCCAGACUCCAAGUCCGUGGUGUUCUCUGCAUGGCGUACCACUCUUGACUUGGCUGCGUCAGCCCUGAACGUGGCCAACAUUCGAUUCGUUCGCUAUGAUGGCAAGGUUUCGGAAAGGGAUCGAGCGUUGGCACUAGCAAAGUUCUCCAGCGAUCCUGACACCAAAGUGAUCCUCUUUACCAUCUCUUGUGGCGCAGUGGGCCUUGAUUUGACCGCUACGAACAGGGCCUAUCUCAUGGAACCACGAUGGAACCCUACAGUGGAGGAUCAAGCUUUGGCACGCAUACAUCGAAUGGGCCAGCAGAGGCCCAUUACC